AUGGCGAAAUCCAAGAAGGGCAACUCGCCGAAGAGUAAGGGAUCCAAGGGGAAGUCGCCCAAAAUCAAGGGUUCCAAGAAAGGCAAGGGAUCCAAGAGUUCGAAUGGAGGGCCCCAAGUGGACGCUGCAAUACAGACAGAACCAACCUGUGUCUGCUAUCUUUGCUCGCGUGAAUUCAAGGACUAUGCCACUGUUCAGGCUCAUCUCCUACUAAUGAACCACUUCCCACCGAAUGACGUUAUCAGCCAGCAAUGUCGGGCCUGCAGAAGGGUCAUUCAUAUAAAGUUCGUCGAGAAACAUGGUUGUUGUGAACAGAAAGCCAAUUUCAUUCGAUAUAUCCAACACGAGUCCGUCCUAAAACUGGGCCCACCCUACCGGUGUCUGCUCUGUCGAAGCCGACCCUUUGCUUCACGAAUUGACCUCUCCAUCCACAUCAUUGCCUACCAUCGGCCAAAUCGAGAUCCUGGUUGCUGUGGUCUGUGUAAGUUCACUUUCCAGGAACCACCACCGCCUCCACCGGCGAAAGUUCCAACUCCUCCAGCAGGUGCUGAUGCGGCCACUAUGAUUAAGUACCAGAAGGAACUACAACUGGCGGAGGAAGAACGUAUGUGCGCCUUCGAGAACGCGGAGAUACCACCUGGUCUGUUGGCUUUAGACCAACACAUCAUGGAGGAUCACUCGGCGGCAUAUACCCUCCUUGCUCGUCGAGCCCUUCUUACCAAGUUCCACUUACGAGCAGCUUAUUCCUGUUGUCUCUGCGAUCAGAUCUUCCCGAACAAUGUGGACUUUCAGGCUCACAUACUCUGUCGACAUGCGGUUGAUCAGCCUAUCAAGUAUGAUCAUCGCAUCUGCACCAUCUGCAAAGCAGCAUUCAUGUCAGAGAAGGCCUUUAACAUACACGUGGUAACUGGCCAUCUGCAUCAAAUCAAUUACCUGGCUAAUUUGUGGAUCCGCCGUGAGGUUAUGGUCAAUUCAACUGAUUGUGGCCAGACUUGUGGUACUUGCUGGCAAGUUUUUCGCAAUGACUGGUACCUUCAAGCGCACAUAAUAGCAGCACAUACGACUUCCGAUCCCCAGGUAUGCGGCUGGUGCCGUCAAGACUUUACGGGGUGCACUGACCCUAUAUUUGGCUUUGGGGCCUUCCAGCGGCACGAGGCCAACCAUGGACGUUACAUGCAGGAGCGGGCAAUUGAACUGAAACUCUGUUUUGAUCCGCUGCCGGAGAUACUGUCCGAGGACUUCUCCGACGAAGCGAUGGCCGCAGCGUUGGAGAAGAAAGCCGAGGGAAGUAAAUCGCCGAAAAGCAAAUCCAAAGGCAAGUCAAAGGGAAAAUCGAACAAGAGCAAGUCCUCUCCUAAGAAAAAGAAGAAAUAA